GCAAAUUGACUGCGUAAAACUCCAAGAAGAGGGGGUUUGUACAAUUUGGUACUGUAUUUGGGACACAGCGUAUCGGAACAUAUUUUACGUUAUGUGAAUUUAGAUGAUUCAUGAAUCUACCUAUUUAAAUACUCUCCCAGACUAUUUGGAAACAACGAAGCCGCUUGUUCUUUAACCAUCGACAUGUUCAAGCGCGGAUCUAAAAAACGACGGUCGAAUCGCUCGCAGGAGGAAGAAGACCCAGACCGGGGACAACCAUGUAUAAGAUGUGGAGACCAGUGUCCUGGCUUUCGUAUGCAUGGCUGGAGAAAGAUCUGUGUGCACUGUAAGUGUGUGCGUGAGGAGCAUGCAGUGCGGGCAGUGCCGGGCCAGCUGGAGAGGAUGAUGAUGAAGCUGGUUUCAGACUUCCAAAGACACUCCAUCUCUGAUGACGACUCGGGCUGUGCCUCCGAGGAGUACGCCUGGGUCCCACCUGGACUCAAGCCUGAACAGGUGUAUCAGUAUUUCAGCUGUAUCCCGGAGGACAGAGUGCCCUAUGCUAACAGCUCAGGAGAGAGGUACCGCAUCAAACAGCUCCUUCACCAGCUACCAGCUCAUGACAGUGAGCAUCAGUACUGUAACCAACUGGAUGAGGAGGAGAAGAAGGAGCUUUGUCUGUUCAGCCAGCAGAGGAAGAGGGAGAACCUGGGCAGAGGCAUGGUCAGACUGUUCCCUGUCACCAUGACCGGAGCCAUCUGCCAACAGUGUGGCAGACAGAUCUAUGGUGGGGACAUAGCAGUGUUUGCCAGCCGAGCGGGGCACGGUAGCUGUUGGCACCCUCAGUGUUUCCAGUGUGCCUCGUGCACUGAGCUGCUGGUAGACCUCAUCUACUUCUACCAGGACGGACAGAUCUACUGCGGCCGGCACCACGCUGAGAGAAUGAAACCACGCUGCCAGGCCUGUGAUGAGAUCAUUCUAGCAGAUGAGUGUACGGAGGCAGAGGGCCGACACUGGCACAUGAAACACUUCUGUUGUUUUGAGUGUGAGGCAGCGUUGGGAGGGCAGCGGUACAUCAUGAGAGAGAGCCGGCCGUACUGCUGCUCCUGCUAUGAGUCCUUCUAUGCAGAGUACUGUGACACCUGUGGGGAACACAUAGGUAUAGACCAGGGUCAGAUGACCUAUGAGGGCCAGCACUGGCAUGCAGCCGAGUCGUGUUUCUGCUGUGCCCGCUGUCGGCUCCCCCUGCUGGGGCGGCCGUUCCUCCCGCGUGGGGGCCUUAUCUUCUGCUCCAGGCCCUGCUCCCUGGGAGAGGACCCAGAUAACUCAGACUCCUGUGACUCAGCCCUCCAGAGCCGGCCUCCGCAGCACAGGCACUGUGAGACUGCAGAGAAGAUCCAACAGUCGCAGCGCUGCUCCCCACAGCAACCACCAGAGGGAGCCAACAUCCCUGUUGUCCCAGGAAAAGACUGUGUUCAUGCUGCACAGGAAAAUGAAGGUGUUCACAUCUCUACUGAUGUUCCAAAUGGAGUCUCCCCACCACCCAACGGUCAUCGUAACCUCAGAAGGUCCUACUCUCCUCUUCCCCACUGUCGCUUACCCAAUGGCUGGGCACCAUCUUGGCCUAUCGACCAAUCUCUCAACAGUUUGCACACUGGAGACUGUGGCAAGCAUCCAGGCAGUAGUCUGGAGUUUUUAGGAGAGCCCAACGGCUAUGCUGGACACCCCCUCACCAGUUUCAGUAGAGGAACUUCUACUGCAAAGGACUGUGGGAACUGGGUGGAGAAGAGUAGUCAAGUUACGAAAGUGUUUCCUCCCCCGAGGAAUUCCUCCUUAUCUGCAUCACUAAACCACCCCAGUCCUGCUGACCCCCCGCCCCUCCCAGCCCCUCUACCUACCAAGUCUCGUGAUUUGAUGGCCAAGCCAAAUCUGCACCAACCAGAACCAAGCCCCCCUGACCAUAGUCCCCAAUCAUUUCGCAGUGGGACAGCCAGAGUCAGCUUCCGAGAGCCAAUCAGCUGCAGCUACUCUGUGAAUGAGGAGGAGGAGGAAGAAGAUGAGAAGAGAGGAGAAAAGGAAGAAGAACAGGUGGAAUGGGAGGAAGAGGAUGGAGGUUUUGGGCGCAGAUUACAUAUGGAGAAGGGCAUUCCACCUCAAAUGGACCUACUGGGUAAGACCACUUUUCUUUUUUUUUCUCUCUUUUCAUCACAACUGCCAACUGUCUUUAUUUGUGUCCCCUCAGAUGGUUCAUACCAACAUCGUAGUUUACGGCGGGGGUGGAAUCGAGGCCGUGUGGCCUCUGACUCCGUUCUCCACCUAGGCACAGAGACACGCUUCCGUCACUCUCUGCCUGAUCGGCCCCGUCUGGACGCUCUAGAAUGGAGAGGACAGCGGGAGAGUGCUUCCCUCUCUUCCCCUGGAACCACAGAGCCCAUGUCACUCACCCUCCAGCCAGCCCAGUACAAUAAACAUGAGGACUCCUGCUCAACCUGCUCCUCCUCCUCAGAAUCAGAGGAAGAGGGUUACUUCUUGGGGCAGCCCAUCCCCUUGCCCCCCCAGCUAACCCGAAGGCCCCCGUCCGUGGAUGGAGAGAGGGAGGGAGAGGGGGAUGGAGAGAGGAAAGGAGUGAAGGACAGGGGUUUGAGGAACAGCCUGAGAAGAAAGAAGAGGGCAUCUAGCCUUGGCGCAAAGGACAAAGACACGAACUGUGCAAUCUCCUAACUUUGACCCUCACAGACCCAGUGAAAGUUAUUCUUAUCCAACAAGCAAGCCAAUGUUCAAUAUCACAAAAAUUAAUCUGUAAUAUGUUGCAAUUCCUUUGGGAUACUUUGAACACAAUACUCCUAUGCAGCAGACUUAUUCAAAGAUGGAGUAAACUACUGUACUAUGACUAUCACAUAUUAGUGUUCAGGAUAUGAUUUAAAAUAUGUUUUAUGCGUUUUAUAUUUGUAUUUUGUUUCGGGCACGUUUUUGCACAGUAAAAUGAAACUUGCAUCCA